AUGGUCAGCAUGGCUAGGGCUUCUCGAGAACAACCGAACUGGAUUGGCGAUACUCUUUGGAAACAAAUGACAGAGUAUAGGGACACUGAAGAAGCCAAAGAGAAGAGUGCCACCACAUCAGCUGCCCAGAUGUCUGAGCGUAAUGGACUUGGUCCUCAUGUUCAGUUCUCAGGGCAGAAGUCCUGCCUCCAAAUCCAACAAGAAAUGGAAGAAGAGCUGGGAAGACCGGUGAGUCUUGGUGAAGUUUUCAUCAAGGUUUAUACAAAACCAGAUGGAACAUUUAUAGACCAAAAGUCCAAGAAUGUGGCUGAAGCAUAUAGGAAGAACCUGGAAUCCAAGUUGGCUGACCUCGGGAUAGACUCAGAGACUUCAGAUGGUACUUCACCAUCGUUGGGGCUAUCUGUAGAAGAGGAGAAUGAGAUUUUUCUUCAGUCGACUUUCAUAAAUAAGCAAGGAGUUUGUUAUGGAAUCGGAAGCCUUUCAGAGACGCAUGUCAGUGGAAAGAGGAAAUGCCCAGGAAGCUCUUCAACAUACAAGGGAUUGGAAGAACAGCUACAAAAAGCUCAUCGCAAAAUGGAAGAACAAGCGGCUGAGAACUCCAAGCGUGAAGCAGAGCAACAAGCCAAGCUGGACAAGUUAUCUAUGGUGGAAAGGUAUUUGACUGAAACUGAUCCAAAGUUCAUGGAGUUUUUGGCUGCAAAUCCAACUCUUCCAAGUGAUCCAACUCAUGCAGCUACAAGCUCUGAUCUGACCCCAAAAACAUAG